CUUCGAACUCCGCCGCCCGGGGCCGCGAGAGACGGCGCCGCUGUCUCUGCGCGGGGCCUCGGCGUCGCUUCGCCAAAGCCGGGAGAGGGAGGAACGGGGAGAGAGGAACUGGGCCAGGGGGUGGUGGUGGGGACGAGAGCGUGGAAGCGAGAGCGAGAGACACGAGCGCUGUUAGCGUGGAGACGCUGCCAGGCCGCUCUUUGACUGCACGGCGAAGGCGGAGUGGGCAGUCGGCGGCAGGGCUGCUACUGCUGCUGCUGCUGUGGCCGCGGCUCCUGUGUCUGGGGCGGUCAGCGGAGCAAGGGACGCGGCGGUGGGAAGAGCGACGCGGCUCUGCUUGGGAAGUGGUGCCAGGCCAGGGGCUGGACUCGGAGUCGGCGGGGGUGGUGGAGGACGUGGUUCUUGGGGGCCUGUGGGUCGUGGUGGUCGUGCUGGUGGUGGUGCCCGUCUGUGUUAGGACGGCAGACACUGUGACUUGGGGUGGUUACUUGUGGUAGGUCGCUGUCGGGAGGGCACGAGGUGGUAGGUAGGUCGCUGUCGGGACCGCCGCUGCUGCUGUUAGGUCAGGAAGAAGCUUGACCCGGCGCCGGGUUUGGCAGCCACAUGGCAGCCAAAGACUGCAAAGAUGUCCUGCAGAUGGAUCUGUACGGCUUGCUGGGUAUCAAGGAGAACGCGUCUCCUAAGGAGAUCAAGAAGGCGUACAGGAGAAAGGCACUUGAGUGUCACCCGGACAAAAACCCAGACAACCCCAGUGCUGUGGAGCUGUUUCACGAGCUGUCCCGGGCCCUUGAAGUGCUGACGGACGCUGCAGCCAGGGCAGCCUAUGAUAAAGUGCAAAGGGCGAAACGUCUCGCAGCCGAAAGGACCAAGAAUCUCGAUGAAAAACGAAAGAAGGUGAAACUGGACCUGGAAUCGAAAGAAAGCAACGCGUGGAGCAGCCGAGAGGAGCAGGAAGCGGCAGCGAAGCGGCUUCAGGAAGAGAUCGAGCGACUGAGAGAGGAGGGAUCGCGCCAACUCGAGGAGGAGCAGAAGCUGAUCCGAGAGCAAAUUCGGCGACAGAAGGAGCAGAGAGGGCACGGCAACUCCACAUCCACACAUCAAGUUACACCCAAGCUAAAGGUGAAAUGGAAGAGCAAGAAGGACGACGAAUCGAACGGCGGAUACUCGGAGCAACAGCUGAUGGUCAUCUUUCAGAAGUACGGUGAGGUUAUGAACCUUCUCAUCUCCGCCAAGAAGAAAGGAUCGGCAAUCGUCGAGUUUGCUUCACCCAAGAGCGCGGAUUUGGCGGCACGGAACGAGCUGGGCCUUGCACAGAACCCCAUCUCGGUGUCGUGGCUGGAGGGCCGUCCUCCUGGCUUCUCCAGCUCCUCCCGCCCUCCCUGCGGCCCCACCAGUAGCACCGCCCCGCCCGUGGAGCGAGACUUUGAGUCGGUGGUGAUGAUGAGGAUGCGUCAGGCGGCGGAGCGACAGCGACUCAUAGACGAGAUCCGUCGCGAAGAGGAGGAGGCGGGGGAGCUCUGAGCAAUGGUGCGAGUGUAUUAAGAGGAGUGUGUGUGCGUGUGUAUGUGGUGAGCGGUAGUUUAGCGGUUAGCGCACUGCUCUCCGAAUCUGGCGACCCGAGUUCGAUUUCCGCUCACGGCCACCAACAGUGGCGAUUAUCUGAACCGGUCUGUUGCCUCCCCUAGUACGACUCAGCCUCAAAUGAGUAGCUGGUGUGGUGUGUUGUAAACAUCACCACUGGGGAGACAGAGGCGGCCGGGUGCGAUGUUGGCUACCCACCCCCUAGUGUGCCAUGCCGGCCUUGAUAGGUGCUCGCUAACAGCACUUCCCCAACAGUCUGGAAAAAGGCUACGGGGGGGGGGUCAUUGUGUGUGUGUGCAUGCGUGAGAAUGAUGGAGUGAAUCUGUGCGUGAGGGUGUGUGUGUCAAUGAGUUGGUGUAAAUGUGAGGAUAAUGGAGCGAAUCUGUGCGUGUUUUGUGUUGGCAUCUGUGUAGUGUGUGUGUUUAUAUAAGGUUUUUGUGUGUGUAUAUGGGGAGGGGGUCGUAUAGUGGUCAGCGCAACUGUGCCACCUUUGUUACUCGAGUUCAUUUUCCGGCCACAGCGAACAUGAGUGGCAAUUAUCUGAACCUGCCCUAGGUUUACUUAGCCUCAAGUGAGUACACGGUGUGGUCUGUAAACAUCAGCACCGGGAGAUGAAGGUGGCUAGGUCUGACUACACCACUCCUACCAGUGCCCCGCAGGCCUUAAUAGGUGCUCGCUAACAGAACCUGCCCCAACAAGGCUAUGCUGAGAAUAUUUGUUGUGUGCGUGGGUAUACAUGUGUUGGGUGUGUGUAUACAUGUUUGUGUGUGUGUGUUUUUUGCGCACAGCUACGCAUGUGUGUUGGGGUGUGUGUGUGUGUGCAUUUCUACACUCAAGACAACAUUGCAAGAAUUUUUUAAACGUUUAUUUUUUAAUUAAUAGACUGAGCGAACCAUUUUUGUUCAUCUCUGCCCUGACAAUUCACAAUAAACUUCAACAGCAGCA